CAGCCCUAGACACUCUAGGUUAGACACCAGGAAGUGCUCGUAGAACAACCUCUCCCAGCUAGCUAGCUUCAGUCAGAGAGGUUAGUUCGGUUGAAACCCAGCACACAACAUGGGGCUGUUCGGCAGGACACCGGAUAAACCCCCCAAAGAACUGGUAAAUACUUUAUGAUAAAUGAGUGGUCUCAAAAAAUCAGAAAGGAGAUGAGAGUGAUUGACAGACAAAUUCGAGAUAUUCAAAGAGAGGAGGAGAAAGUUAAACGCUCCAUCAAAGAUGCUGCCAAAAAGGGACAGAAAGAUGUUUGUGUCGUCCUCGCCAAGGAGAUGAUUCAGUCGAAACGGGCCAUCACAAAACUUUACGCCUCCAAAGCCCAGAUGAACUCGGUGCUUCUCAGCAUGAAGAAUCAACUGGCUGUGGUUCGAGUAGCUGGAGCGCUGCAGAAGAGCACAGAGGUCAUGAAAGCCAUGCAGAACCUGGUUAAAAUCCCAGAGGUCCAGGCCACAAUGAUGGAGCUUUCAAAGGAGAUGAUGAAGGCCGGAAUAAUUGAGGAAAUGCUGGAGGACACGUUUGAGAGCAUGGAAGACGGAGAGGAGAUGGAGGAAGCGGCAGAGGAGGAAGUUGACAAGAUUCUCUUUGAGAUCACAGCAGGGGCUCUUGGUAAAGCUCCAAGCAAAGUGACGGAGCCGCUUCCGGACCUGCAGCCUCCGGGAGCCUCAGCUGCUGCUUCAGACGAAGAGUCGGAGGAAGACAUCGAAGCCAUGCAGUCCAGACUGGCGGCUCUGAGGAGCUAGAGUUCACCGCCGCGGUUAGAGUCACUUUGCACAUUUCUCCAGUGCUGAGCAUCCUCCGCUUCAUUGUCACCUGGGUUAACAUUGUGCUUGAAUGGUCGUUUAUUUGAAUCCAGCCUGAUUAAAAAGGUGAUAUUUUCUGUUA